AUGCCUGUCCCCAAGCCUGAUGAUAUGUCCGUGCUCGACAAUGCCUGCACAGUUAUUGUCGACAACACAUUCUACUCGUACUCGGAAAAAGGCUUCCUGUCUCUGAAUCUGGAGGAAAGCGCGAAAUGGAAGACUCUCAAUGGUAGCGUCAAGGUGACAGGACCUUCUUGUGCCGGUAAGAGGCUGUCCGACAAAGGUGCAGCCUCCCUACUAGUAGUCGGUGGCUACAGCAAUGAUAAGGGCUAUCCCGGCUUGCAGGAGUACACCUUCUCUACCGGCAAAUGGGAAACUCUCACUCCCCUGACCAUGGACUUACAGAACCGCCGCGGCCACAGUGUCGUCUACAAUGAUGCCUCCGACACGAUUGUCGUCUUUUCUGGCACCAGGUCGGAUGAUCCAGGUGCUGCUCCAGGUGCUUCGCAGGAGACACACAAGAUCAAGAUUUCCGGAGCCCAACCGCUCCGAGUAACAUCUGCAAACCCUCCAGGUUCUGGCAGAGCUGGCGCAAUUAAACCAAUGCUCUUCCCUUGGGCUGGUGCCGACGUUGCCUUGGUCUCUGGUCCUGCAGAUGAUGGCACUGUCUGGCUUAUGAAUUCGGACCUGGGUAAUAAUGAUGGGUGGAGAUCAGUUGGAAGCAUCAAGGACUCGUGGCCCUCGGAUUCUGCCGCAGUCCGUGGCGCACUGGUUGCUAGCACGAGCGAUAGCUCCUUGAGUCUGCUCAAAUUCGAUCUGAGCCGCUCGCCCAAUGCCGUGACGCGCAUACCACUUGCCAAAGCUCCGAAUGAAGCCAUGCACGGCGCAGGAGCUGCGACAAAGCGCAGUGUCGACUUCGGCCUUGGCAGCUGGCCUGAGUAUAACAGCACUCACGCACCGGAUAUGACCAGAAACGGUUACUCUGUUGCUCAGGGUGCCAAUGGCAUGAUAGUCAUGUCUGGAGGCAACGCCGAGGAGCCGGUUGCCAUCUUCAAUGCGCAAAAGAACAGCUGGGUCAACGCCACUGAACUUCUUGGCGACGGCUCACAGAAGAUUCUCGCCUCCACAACAUCCACGACAAGCACUACCUCAACCUCGACGACGAUUUCCUCCACCUUUACUACCUCGAUUAGCUCGACCACGUCAACGACCACUGCAACUCCCACGGAAACAAGCCCUGCUACCAAACCUGAAAAGCAUGGCCCUAGCUCAAACGCCAUCCUUGGGAUCACUUUGGGAACUAUUGCAGCAUUUCUCGCGAUUCUCCUGGUUGUUCUGCUUUGUCUUAAGCGCCGCAAGCGCCGCAUGAACCCCAAUCAGGGCGGUAUUCUCAACCCCGAUGAAAAGGAGACGAUGGCGUUCGCCAGGAGCGCGCAACCUCCUACGACGCAGGUCAACUAUCGCAGUCACAAUCCCACGCUCUCCGCCGAAUCGUAUUCUUCUGUCGCCAUCCUUAUGGGCCGAAUGGGACCUCAGAAGCAACCUGGUGCAAACGGCAAGAUGUCGCGCUCGUCGUCGAGGAGCUCGAUCAGCUCUCUGCGCAAGCAUUUGAAGAGCACCAUUAGCAAGCCGAUUCCCCAACCCUCAAAUAAUCCAAUGUUACAGACUCCGGAUGACCGUGGUGUUGCUUUUGACCCCGCCGUUGCCGAGCCUCGACCACGCAAUGGUGAACUCGCGUCUGCCAGGGACGGCACCCGCCGCAGCUCUGGUUGGAACAAAUAUUGGUCCGGAGGAAGUGCUCUACAAAUUCUUGGGUAUGGAAACAAGCGAGCGACUGUCGCCUCAGAGCGCAGCUCCCGUUACUCGGAAGCCAACUCGGCCAGGCACAAUGCCCGUGCAACGCAAGAUUCUGCCACGGUGCCUCCUCUCAAUUUUGAAUCUCGACCUGAAGUUAAUAGCGUCAACACGGGAAGCCCGGUUGUAUCGCAAUAUGUCAGCAAGAUUCCGACUGAGGGUAUGGCCGGCACGAUUGAGCGUCCCGUGUCGCCCCUGUCAAUGGCUUCCGGAUACUCGAGCGGAGUGCCGGAGAGCAUCAAUGAAAUAUCUCGAAACUCUGUCGAGAAUAAGCCUUGGGGUCACGACCGUGCCCCGAGUAGCAUAUACCAGCAUCGCCGAGAGGACUCGUCGACUGUACCGCAAGGCUCUGGAGUAAGUCAACAGCCACAGCUUGCCAUGGCAGCCACAUCGACAGACAUGAGCUGGCUCAACUUGGGCGACCAAAACCGUAAAUAA